AAGGUGCCGGUAGUCGGGUAGUCAGUAUACAUUCUCCGUAAAUCUCCAGAAUGAAACUGGUCACUGUGACUUUGGUUAUUGCCCUUGUGGCCGCCGCCCAGGGAGCCAAGCUCUCCGACAAGCUGGCCAAAUUCGUGCCUAGCUUUGCGACCGGCUUCGUGAUCAACGGCACGGAGGCAGAACCCCACUCCGCCCCGUACAUUGUUUCCCUGGCCACCAACUACUUGAAGCACUCGCACAUCUGCGGAGGCACCUUGAUUAACAAGGACUGGAUUGUGACCGCUGCCCAUUGCAUUUCCGAGCCAGUAGGCAUGAGCAUCAUUGCCGGACUCCACACCCGUGCCGAGGUGGAUGAACUGACCCAGCAGCGCCAAGUUGACUUUGGCCGCGUCCACGAGAAGUACACCGGUGGCGUUGGACCCUACGACAUUGCCCUGCUGCACGUGAACGAGUCUUUCAUCUUCAACGAGUGGGUGCAGCCCGCCACCUUGCCCAGCCGUGAACAAAUCCAUGAGGGAGAGACCCACCUGUAUGGUUGGGGACAGCCGAAGGCCUACAUCUUCACGGCCUCCAAGACCCUGCAGACUGUUACCACCCAAAUUGUGAACUACCAGGAGUGCAAGGAGCAGCUGCCGGAAACCGCUCCUAUCGCUGAGUCCAACAUCUGCUCCUCUUCCCUGGAACAGAGCAAGUCUGCAUGCAACGGUGACUCCGGCGGCCCCCUGGUUGUUGAGUUCACAAACGCCCCCUCCGAGCUGAUUGGCAUCGUAUCCUGGGGCUACAUCCCCUGUGGAUUGGCCAACCUGCCUUCCGUUUACACCAGGGUGUCGUCCUACAUUGAUUGGAUCAGCAAAAUUCAGAGCGCCUACUACCAGCUCUUCUAAACAAAAGGAAGAAACUAUUAGUCAGACCUAUUAGCCAGGAUCGAAAUCGCUAUUGAUCAGAGUCAUGAUCGAUUGUUGAAUAAAUGCAUCCAACUAAAA